GGCCAUGACCAAUGCCAGUCAGUUGCAGAAGCGCGGGAACGACCGACGCUUAUAAAUUAAGUUUUUUUUUAAUAAGUUUUUUUUUAAUCCGUCGCUAUGGCGUCAGCCGUGAUGAAGUUCAGUGCCAUAUUGUUUCUGGUUGCCGCGUGUGCUGCUGAUGUUUCGGAGCUCGUCGGCGACAAAUCUGCGCAGCCGGUGACGGAGGUGUGCCUCGGGUGCAUCUGCCAGGCCAUCUCGGGCUGCAAGCAGGCGCAGACGUGCGAGGGAGACACCUGCGGCCUGUUCCGCAUCACCUGGGCGUACUGGUCGGACGCCGGCAAGCCCACCAUCAACAACCUCGCACCUGACCACCCUGAUGCGUACCGCACCUGCGUUGUGGACCCGUACUGUGCGGCCCAGACCGUCCAGGGAUACAUGAGGAGAUUUGGACAGGACUGCAACGGCGACGGUCAGGUGAACUGCUACGACCACAUGGCGAUCCACAAGAAGGGCGGAUACGGGUGCUCCGGCGAUCUUCCUUACGAGUACGUCAACGUCUUCAAUCAAUGCAUAGCCGCGGUUGCCGCCCACCAGGGGUGAAUAACUUAGUUUUAGGUACGAGUAAGCCCGCUUGUAAUAGCUAAGGAUAUACGUAUUGGUGCCCAAAACCAUAUGAAAAAAGUCUGACUGAUCGAUACCAUAUCCCCUGACAAUAAUAAAUUUAGCUACACUAGUACAGUACUACUUAGGCGACGGUAUAAUUGCUCAUCAUCAGGCAAUUCGUCUCGUUCGCCUCCUUUAGAACAAAAAAAAUGGUUGUCUGUAAAGUCGGUUUUACGGAUGAUAAUUUUGCGUGAUAAGGUCAUAAGAAAACAUUGAUGAAAAAUUGGCCGUUACCAUGGAGAUCUGUCCACAACGAUACCGUGGAGAUCUAGAGUCAGACCGAGAAAAGUCUGCAGCGAUUUUGAUAGCCCACGCAGUGCAAGUGUCAUUUUAAAUGUCAAACUUCUAUGAAAUUAUGACGUAUAAAUAACACUUGUUACACUGCUUGGGCUAUCAAAUCCGCUGCAGGCUUUUCUUAACGUGACACAUAUAUCCCUAGCUAAUACGGGAAAUACCUACCAAUAAAGUAGAAUGCCUAACAUCUUUUAAACACAUUUGGUUCGUAUGUUAGAGCACAAGAAGUGUGCAAUUGGUAUAGCGUAUGCAUGCUUUAGCGCAUGUGAUCUGUAUGAGAUUAAUUAAUUUACAAGCGUUAGGCUACUAAAAUAAUUAUAUUUAAAUAGUUACGUAAUGUUUACAAUUAUAGAACACGGUGUGCCAAAUAAAAUGGUAUACACAACAGUUUUUAUUUGAUACUUUAUGAGCCUAUUUAUAUAUACGUGUUUGGUCCAAAUACGCACGUUAUACGUAUAUCUCAAAAAAAAUCUACUUGAGUUGUUUAGGAACAAUAGUAUUUCUUAUAAAUGGGUACAAAUAUGUAUCUACUAGUCUUUUCGGAUUGUUGCUAAGUUAAUUACCUACAGUUACUUGAUUUUAAUCCUAAAUAUGACUGCUCAAGACUUCGUAAUAAUAAAUAAUUUUACUACAGAA